AUGGAGAAAGGAAGCUCAUCUUCAACACCUACAUCAGGUAUUGAAGCCAUCUUUUCUUCAAUUCAGUCUGCUCUGUUGACUAUCGCUAAGCCGAUCGUUCAACAAUCAGAAGCUUUCAAUACAAAUGACAAUACUCUCCAUCCUGAUUUACUUCGAUACUUGAAAUCGUAUGUUAUCUAUAAUGAAACCAUCGAGAAUGCAUUUAAUAAGAUUGCUUUGCUUUCAAACUCGAAUCCAAAACAAAGCUUUGCAGAAAUCCGCAAAUUCUUUACACAAAUAUCAUUAAAUACACAAGAACCAAUUACAAAAAUCAAAUUGCCAACGGCCCAUUGGAUUCAAAGAGCGAGUGACAAAAAACAAUCAAUAUUAACUUACCGUAUUGCUUUAUUCUAUCUUUCAGAACGCUACCUCGCUGAUAUUGCCAUCAAGUUAGCAAACAACUGCUCAGGUGAUAAAAUUGAGUUCCUUUUAUCGGAAUAUAUAACUUCCAUUGAAGACGCAGUUUCUGACUUCACGCACUAUAUCACAUAUACCCUUAUGGUAGAAGGCUUCGAGAAAUUAUUCUAUUACCUUUCCCUUAAGAUUCCAGAAAAAUGUUGGCAAUUUUUACUGAGAGUGCUUCAGGAUAGGCAAAUUUCAUCCAGCUCCCACAUCUUCCUCUAUAAGAUGAUGAGAUCUUUCACUUUCAAGAACACUAAAAUUGAUUAUACAGAAUCUCGUGAAUCUUUAAGCGCAUUAAACAACGCUUUAGUCGCUUUCGCCACGCCGCAGCCCAUUGUUGAUUCUUCCAUCGCCUCAGCCUUGUUCUUCGCGUCUUUGACCGCAGAUGCCUUAACAACAGAAGGAAAUAAUCGUCCGGUUCACCUUGUCCAAAUUAUCUACAGUUCUGCUACAACGAACCAGCAGAACCCAGUUACCUUCCCAAUUGUCUGCACUUUAUUCGCUUUAAGCGAAGAUGGCAGAUCCGUUGUAAAUCUCGGCCAAAUCAUGUCAACCGCCAGAAGAAUCGCACGCCAAACAGCAAAUUCUCAACAACCAAUUCUCUUCGGACUUACUCGUAUCCUUUGCGGCAAAAAUUUCCAACCACAUUGCGUAGAAUUCACAAAUACGGACUUCUUACAAUGGCAAGCAGAUCCUCAUGAUGUUUCUAAGCUUACAGAUUUCUUCUCAGUCAUUUCUUCAUUCCAAAAUUUCGAUAAUACAAAACUCGAACUUGCCAACUACAUUACAAUGAUUGCUGUCAACGGAAUGCAAUCCUUCGUCGAUGGCUACAUCCAGGACCUCGGAAAUCCAACAUUUAUCAAACAAAAUGGAAUAGCCUUAUUCCAAGUUGGUUGUUACCUCAUUCCAACCGGUAAUGACAAGCUUCUUAAGUGUUAUACGGAGCUUGUUGAUAAAUUCAUCGAAAGCUGUUCAUUGGAAGAGCGUGCAACAACAAUCUGUGGAAUUCCAACUACUCCUUGCUCAGAUACCGAAUUAUUCGAGACAUCUAUACCUGUUAUACCAUCCUCCAUCACACAGCACCGCAUGUCAUCCGAUAUUGCUAAGCUACAAAAAACUGUUUCUCCGGACAACAAAAAACCGUUUUCUUACGAUCCGAAAUUUGACUUGAAAUUCAUUACUGAUUCAAGUAAAGUAGAUUCACCGUUAGCGAGAUGUAUUUCGUUAAUUCCUUUAUUGGAAUACAACGAAAAUUUGGUGAAUUUUGUUACACAAAGAAUUUAUGAUGGUCAAUCAUUUAUUUGUUCAUUAUCCGCGAGAUGUCUCAUGGUUUUAUCAAUCAAAUACAAGGAUAACGUUGUAUCUAUCAUCAAGUCCAUUGUUAACCAGAUUCCACAGAACUUAGAACAGUGUUUCAUCCAAUUACAAACAAUGCAAAUGAUUUUGGAACAAAUUCACGACGAUGAAAUUCUUGAAAAAGUGACAGAGACGAUUAUUCCAACCAUUAUUAGUGGCUUAUCAUGUCCAUCAUAUGAAGUGAGAUCUGCUGCAUUAGAUGUUAUAGAAUUGACACCUUUGAACAAGUUCUUUGAGCAAAAUGAGAAAAUUUUGCAACAAAAAACUUUGGAAAAAAUCGCUUCAGUUUUCAAUUCCGAUUGCGAUCCAGGAGUUUUGAAGCAGCUUCCUUUCCAAUCAUUCAAGGAAUACGCACUUACUCACUACGAGAUAUUUUAUCAUAUCUAUUUAAGUGUUGUUUUCUCUUUGAUUGUUCAAAAGGAAGAAUACAAAUACAUUCAAAAUUCCAAUCAACAGAUAUAUUCAAUGCUUCAACAAGUAUUUGGAUAUUGCGAUAAACAUAAAUAUGCAUCAUUGCAUGCUAUCAAUAUCGCAACAUUCUUGGCUUGUUCAGCUGAUAACAAUGAAACAAAUGAUAAAAAUUUGCAACAAAUUUUGCAAAAAACAAUUCAAAUUAUCAGCGACCAAAUCAAGGUCAAUCCAUUCAAUGCUAUAUUGUAUUCAUUUGCCUCUUCCAUUCAUAAAUCACAUACAAUGAUGAUGCUCAAACUCCUUGCAAAUGCAAACGAACUUUUCCUGAGAUGUUUCACAUUUGUUGCACAAAUAAAUGUCCAAAACACUUCAUUCAUUGGAGAUCCACAACAUAUGGAAGAAGUUCUUAAACUCAUGGACAAUGUUGUGAAAUACUGCGAGAACAAUAAAAUAAUUUCUACAGUCAGUUUAAGUCCAAUUGGUGAAUUAAGUGAACUGAUGUUUGAAUGCUUGACUUCACUUAUGCACGUUAUUGAAAUUAUUUGCCAGCAAUUCAAAGAUUGCAACGCAUCUCCAAUAGCAGGACCAUUCCUUCACAGACCAUUCAUCCAGAAAUCCUUGAAUAGAUCGAAUUGGUUCUAUUUCAUGUUCAAUUUGGCAACACCUGAUCAAAAGAUUCCUAAUAAACUGAAAAUAGCCGCAAAAUCCGCUUUCGCUGCUUUCUGUUCUGUCAAUACUAUUCCUGAUGAUUUAUUCGAGAAUUUGAUUGACCAUGUCCUUAAAAUUGCUCAACAAAACAUUUCAGCUUGCAGUUACAUUUUGUCACAUUCUUUCUCUUUCUUUUUAGGACAUUUCAUCAACAAAUCAUUCUCCGAACCACACUUCUUCUCUUGCAUCGCAAUGCAGUUCCCGCAGCCACAAACAAUCGAAGCUGAUUCGAUUCUUUUGGCCGCAGCAGCCAGAAAACAAUUAUCUUCAAACGAACAAGAGUUUUCUGACUCUGUUUUCUCUCACAUUGGAGAUCUCCUCGCUUUGUGUUUUUUCUUCUUGAGUGGCGAAAAACAAGGUUACGAAGAAGACGCACAGAAAGUUUUAUAUCACAUUAUAUUAAGUGGUUCUUUGUUGAUUGAUUCUCCAUUUUUCGCGGAAGCCCUCGAUUUCAUCCACGAAAAAUCAUAUGUCGGAUUGACAAAACUGUCAGGAAUUCUGUCAAAUGCUUUUGAAAUGUGCAUUGAACAGUUCAUUUCUCAAUCACUUUCAAUACUAAAUGACAGAUUUUUGACAACAUUUGCCAACAUCAUUCUUCCAUGGUUCAAACACGUAAACUUGAUUUCCGAUGCUACAUCCAUUUCAUUGUCAACACAACCAGCAUUCCAGAGAUUCACUGCCAUGUCUUUCAUGCAACAAUUCACAAGAGUUGUUUGUUUGUCACCUUUACAACCGUCUGCCAUUUCCAUAAUUGAUUACGUGACAUCAACACCAGAAUCCUGUGAAUUUGCAUUUAUUUUCUGCUUCACGGCUUAUUCAGAAUGCAAAGAACAAUGCAAGACAUUGUUAAUUCAUCUUUGCAAGUCGCACAAAGACAUAGCAAUGAAUGUUUUAUCAUAUUUGCAGUUCAGAUAUUGGUUCUAUUCUGUGAUUCAGUUGAGAACUUUCGAUAGAUUCUUCGAUUUCGACAAAUUCCUCAACGAGAUGAAAUCAGAGAAAGACCAACAACAAACAACUUCUUCUCUUGAUCCGAAUGUUGCAGAAGAAAAUGCGAUGUUUGCUUUGGAAGUUUGUUUGGAAUUAGUUGAUUUGUACGAAGAUGAGUUCAAACCAACAAUUUUAUCAUUCUGUAUUUCACAUAAAAGAACUGAUUUGAUUGCACAGGCUUUCCAGAAGAUAACAGGUGUAGAAUCUCCUGAUUCAGAAGACAUCAAAUCAUUGAUUGGAGACAAUACAGUUGAAUUCUUCAGAGAAGCAUUUUUGUGGUCAACAACUUGUGGAGAUACAGAAACAGCUGUUCAAGCUUGCAAAUACGCAAUUGAAACAGUAACUGCUCCUAAUAUUCAUAUGCUGGAACAUGUCUUGAAGACAAUAAGAAUAACAGUACAAGUUUUGAGAGAAAACUCUGUUCCGUCUUCCGAAAAAAGACAAAAGAAACAUCUAGCAAAAUUGUUGCAAGGUGAUGAAGAAGUCAACCUCAAAAUUUAUUACAAACAUUUGUCACUUUUAAUUGAAUUAUUGGCAGAAAUCUGUAAAUCACUUAACACAGUGCCACAGUCUGCUUUCAACGCUGUGAUUUCAUUCGCUUCGUGCGGUGACAGUGAAUUCCAACCGAUUUUUGACAAUUUUGUCAAAAUUACAAAUGAAUUUUUGACAAUUUCUGACAAGAUCAAAGAUUCAACAGAGAGUGGCGGAAUUCUCAUGAAGAUUGCACAGUACAACAUCCUCUUGGACAAGAAGAAAGCGAAGAAGAUUAUUGACAGAUUAUUCCAUAUGACAAGUGUUUUAUUUGAAAGGAAAUUCAUUAAUUGUUUGAUGCCAACAAAGACAGAUUUUGUUGACCAAAUUGAUGAAAAAACUGCUGGCAAAGAAUAUAAAGUUACAAAAGAAAUGGCAGCAGCAACAAUUGUUCUGUUUUUGAUUCCUUAUUUAUCCCAGACAAUAUCUAAUGAAGAAUUCAAUUCAAUAAAGGUUUCCGCAAUGGAACUUUUAGGAAUUGACAUUUCCUGCUUCAAACAUUUAGAUACAACAGAUGGAUUCGAAGAAACGGUUGAAGAAUUGAUGAAAACAGCUGGAGAUAACUUGACAGGUGCUGUUGUAAAACUUUAUUCAUUGAUUAUGAACCAUACAACGCAUUAUUCACCGAUGAUUUACAAAGUAAGCGCUGUAAUGAUUGACAAGCACCAGAAUCCAAUUAACUUGAGCUUGAAGAGAAUUGCAACUCACGCAAUCAAAGACAAAUCAGCGAAAUCAUCGAAAUCUCUUGAGAAGUUUUUGCCUUUGUACCAAACAAAGAUUGGUUUGUUUGAUGCACUUCCUGCUCUCUUCUACGGCUCUGCCUUCCCUGUUGAGAACAUCUGCAAGGAUGUUGCCAAAUGGGAGAAGGAAGAGUUCCCUUAUUAUCCAACAGAAUGCACUUUCUUCUACUUUAAUGCAAUUGAAGAUUUGAGAAACGAAUGUCUUCAAAUUAAAGUGGAUCUGUUUGAUAGAUGGAAUGAUAUCGCUUUCCACGCAAUUCCUCAGCGUCCUAACACUGAUAUGGCAAUUGGUGUUGUUCCGGAAGUCUCUGAAUUGACAAUCAAACAGUUCAUUACUAAAGUCAAUAAGAAGACGAAUUUGUUAUCUUCUUCUUCUGAAAAAUUGAGAGCAUCGAUUUCAUCCGAAAGUGAAGAAAGAAUUCCACAAGUAGAAGAACAAUCAUUACUUGUUGUACCUGUUUCAACAUUCACACCAACAAUUGCAGAAAUUAACAGAAUGUGCAUUGAUAUAACUGGAAAUCUCUUCGAAUAA